AUGUCGCCGGACAUGGAGACAAAUUGGAACAGUGGCAUGGAUUAUGGCUUCUCGAUGAUAAGAAUGGUAAUGUGGAUAGUCGGUGUAUGGCCUUUGCAUCAGAAUGAUAUAGUAUGUACAUUUCGUUGGAUCAUCAUAUUCAUUGAGCAGGUCGUAACUAUUGGCAAUGGCACUGAAGUUUUAUGGAAUUUCGUUAUUCCGUCAACAUGCCUAUUUCGAGGGGUUUCAUAUUCUACGUACAAAGCACUUUUUCUCAUGCAAAUAUUACAGUCCUUCAUAAUUUACACGGCAGAAUGUUCAAGUGAUUGCUUCUUCUUUGCUAUUACUAUGCACCUCUGCGGUCAAUUAAAACUUCUGAGAAUUCGCUUUGUUGAACUGGUUGGAAAAAGUACCAACGAGAGAAAUCAUUAUCGUAGCAUAUUGCGAUCUUGGAUCAGAAGACAUUACAAACUGAUAAUACUAGCUAGAAAUAUCGAAGACACUUUUAAUCUCAAUGUCUUAUUUCGUUUAUCAAUAACUACCAUUUUUAUUGCGAUUUCAGGAACACGUAUGAUUGUGUCCAUUAAAAAUCAUGAUUAUACUAAUGUAGCAAAAAGUAUGGUCUUCGUCCAGUUCUAUAUUGUGCAGUCCUUCUUGUUCACGCACGCCGGUGAAACUUUACGCCAACAAAGUGAAUCGAUCGUUUCGGCAAUAUAUAGUACAACAUGGUAUAAACUGCCGCCCUCUGUGACAAUUAAAUAA